GAUGGAAAGGUGUGUCCAAUAAGGCCGAAUACUGAAAUUCCAUCAAAAAAUGGUAAAACAACGCAUUUUUAUUUUUCACUUUAUUCCCUCUAACAGAUUGAGUAGCUUUAAAAUGAACAAUGAGGAAAAAAUGUCAAAUUAAAAGUGGACUAAGAUGUGUGGUGAUUUAUCAUAAUUUCAUGUUUAGCACUAAAAAAUCUGGCAUUUUAACAGAGCCGUUUAGACUUUGGAUCUUUACCUAACCUUUUUACGUCACAUUGCCUUUAUUUUGAAAUGUCUGGGCGGAAGUUGGCGUGAACACAUGGAGCUUUGUUGUUAGCACGAGUCUCCUUGGUGCCGCUAAGAAACGUUUGCUUCACACUUUCUCCUCCGUCGCUUCCUCCUGGGCAGUAAUGUGCUGCGGGGCGGCGCGCUGUGAGCAGCUGGCCGCUCAGGUGCGAUGCUGCAGCGGACAUUGAGGAGUGCCUUGCUCGGCGGCUCAGACCAGAAGGGGACCCAGGGUACCUGCAGCACGGGAGCAACAAUGGUCACAGCGUCUAAACUUUCCCACGCAUCUCCAGCUGGAGUCACGGAUGGCUGAUCGAACUUCUCCCUGGCUGAUGGGAUCGUAGCAGCGGACAGUUUGUUUCUUUUGUUUCCUUCCAGCACGUUUCUGCGGAGCCAUCUGUCCUGGACGGAAAACUGGCGCACUGUCCCGCUGCGGCUCGUAGACUGCCUCUUUAAAUAUCAGAGCCAAAUAGCGGAGGUUAAUAUGGGGGCAAAGCAGAGCAGCCCCUCCGCUAACUCGUCCGCUAACGGACGGACCAGAGCCUAUUCCGGCUCGGACCUGCCAUCAGCCACCUCCAGCAGCAGCAGCGGCGUCGGCAGGUCCACCGCAGCAGGGGCGGGAGUGCGGUACCGCGCACACGGCGCGUUCAGAGCCUCCGGAGCCGCCUCCAGCUCCGGUCAGCCACCCAGAGCCAGGGCCACGUCCGCGGGGGGCUCCGGGGGUCCUGUUGCCAGAGCCCAGUCCGGCAUCACCAUUCCUAGCAGCGGCGGAGUCUACAGCUCACCGGAGUCCGGCGGCAGCAGCCCGGAGGAGGCGGCGGACAGGGACCGAAGAGGGCAUGAGAGUCCCCGGCUGGUGAUUGGAUCAUUACCUGCACACCUGUCGCCUCACCUGUUCGGAGGAUUCAAGUGCCCAGUGUGUUCCAAGUAUGUGUCCUCGGAUGAGAUGGAUCUUCACCUGGUUUUGUGUUUAACCAAACCCCGAGUGACAUAUAACGAGGACGUCCUAUCUAAGGAUGCGGGAGAAUGUGCAAUCUGCCUGGAGGAGCUGCAGCAGGGAGACACCAUCGCCCGCCUGCCCUGCCUCUGCAUCUAUCAUAAAGGCUGCAUCGAUGAGUGGUUUGAGGUGAACAGAUCAUGCCCGGAACAUCCGUCAGAUUAAAGCUUCCUUUGCACAGGUAACCCACUCUGAGAGGGGUCUAUAGAAUGAAGCAUGGAUCCAGGAAGACUGUUGGACCUUGUGAACACUGUGAUUGGCUUACCCAUCCCGCCACUCCGAAACAGCCAACCCAAUAUUGUAGAACCACAGUAUGCCAAAUCUCUUUGGAGGAACUUUCAGGGAUAUAAACUUAAGUUUUUUAUGUUUGAUUUGCACAUUUCUGCUGAGACUCCAAGUGAAUGGACACAUCUGCACCUCACAACUGAGGCCUGACGUUACAUCAGGACAGGGGAGGAGGCGUCCUCAGGGGGCGCUGUUGUUGUUGUGGGUCAGCUCUUCGGUGGCCGGCUCACUUUAACUUCACCACCCUUCUCUCACCUCCUCUGUCAGCGUCAACUUCUCCCAGUGCCUUGUUGCAGUGAUGCUCUGUAUGAAGCAGGGUGGGACAGAAGCAACCAGUAGAGGCAGCUGGAGCUGCAGAAGCAUCCCACUAUAACUGCCACUGAAGCAGAAACGAGCAUCGGCAGCUCUUCGCUAAAUGGUGCCAAUCUACUGUGAAUACCUUCCAUCAAACAUCUCAUCAGUGCUUUUUAAUCCCCAACCAUGAAGCAGGGCUCUCCAGGUGCAAAGCUGGAUGUUACCAGCCUCAAGCCACUGCAGUCUGUUGGCAGCAGGAUAAAAGCACAAAGCUCCAUUAUUCUUAGACUUCAUUCUUUGUCAUAUGAUAUUUUUACAACAGCACUUCUCUGCAUUCACAACAGGCUUCUCUAUUGUGUUAAUUUACAGAUAUUUUAAUACACAGCUGUAUUAAGAUGAAUAACACUGUGUUUGAAAGAGCAAGUAAAGCUUAAAAUCCCCAUAAAACCUUUGGAGCACCGCAUAAAAAAAUCUAGCUAAUUUGUUUUCACAAUACAGAAAGCGAGAGAAAAGGAACAUUCAACCUUUUUCUUUACAAACUCCAACCUUUACUGUAGAAACUAGAAAAUGCUUAAAGAUUUAUCUUCGCUGUAAGUCACUGAGCUAAUGUUUCUGAGAACUGUUUCACAUCCGUGCUGCAUGGAGUGGACCUACUUUGGUCACCUGUGAACAGGUAUUCCAGCCCAGGAUUUCCUGGUUAGGUCUCAGAAACAGCAUCACUAACCAGAUCACUCACUGUUUUAGUAGAUAUUUUGUUGAUAGAAUCCUUUGACGUCACCUGACUGGUUUUCUAUCAGAUCAGGGAGUCCAGGGUUGGGGAUGAGCACUCUGUCACAGAGGGUCUUGUUCAACACACCCAUUUCAGGGCAUUUCCUCUUCAUCACAAAGCAGUAUGAACCUCUUUAGGGCUUUUGAUAUGUUCAAACUGAUCCAUGAUCCCUGGUAUGUGAAACAGCUAACUGUGAGAAACAUCUCCAAAGCAUGAUGCGUGCACCACCGUGCUUCACUGUACUGUGGCUUGCUUUUAGUAUUUGGGGGUUGUCUGGAAAACUCUCUGUGGGCAUUAGACCCCAAAAAGACCAAUCUUACAUCGGCCUAUAAAAUGCUCCUCCUUUUCUCUUUAGGCCAGCCAGUGGUCUUUGUUCACAGAAUGAACUCUACACUCCUACUGUGUCAAACACGCCCUUUUGAAAUAAAGAUUCGUUUAACCAGAA